CUUCAGCACUCGGGCUGAAGCGAGUCUGAAGGAGUCGGCGGAAGAGCGAGCCAAGGGAGGACGGCUAGCGGCACCGAGGGUCACAGGGAUGUACAGUAAACACAGGCAGAAAAAUGCCCAAAUCUUGCCGACACAAUGUGGACGUUUCCUUUUUAUCCUAUCUUUUCUGCUGCUCAACGGCGUGCCGGAGCGGGCGAGCGGGGACCUCGGAGAACAAGCGUUGCCACGGAAACGCACGGUGACGGCACACUGGCUCUCGGAGGGACGCCCCAGAAGAGAUGUGGGGGACUCCAUGCAGGCCCAGUACCCGGACAAGGGGGAAAUCGAGCUGUCGUCCGAUGACCUGCGAUUGGUGCUCAGAGUGGAACGGAAUCAGGAGCUUCUGGGGGCGGACUUCACCGAGACCCACUACACAGAGGACGGGGAGGCCGUGACGGUCAACGCCAACCACACGGAUCACUGCUUCUACCACGGAGACGUACGGGAGCACACCCACUCCUGGGUGGCUCUGAGUGUGUGUUCGGGAGUGAGGGGUCUGAUAUCCUUGAACUCCAGUGACACCUACUACCUGGAGCCAAUCAGCGGACAGAGCCCUCUCCAACAUUGGCUGAUGAGCGCGGAGGACCUGCCCCUCAGAGGCGGGACUUGCGGCCAUGGCCACCAGACAGGCCACCCUGGCCAACUGUCGGAUCUCCUUCGACCGCAUCACCAAAGGGUGAAACGGGAAAGUUGGGGAACCACCAAGUACAUGGAGCUGUAUAUCGUAGCUGACCACGCACUGUUCACACAGCAAAACAAGGACUACCACAAGACCAAGCUGCGGAUCAUGGAAAUUGCCAAUUAUGUGGAUAAGUUCUACCGGGCGCUGAACAUCCGGGUCCCGCUGAUAGGCCUAGAGGUGUGGACGGAGCGGGACCAGUGCAUCGUGACGGGGGAGCCCAACACCACCCUCUGGUCCUUCCUGCAGUGGAGGCAGAAGCUCAAGGCCCGCAAGAAGCACGACAACGCCCAGCUGCUCACGGGGGUGAUUUUUAAGGGGACCACCAUUGGCAUGGCCCCCCUGGAGGGGAUGUGCAGCCUGGAGAACUCCGGAGGCAUCAACGUGGACCACUCGGACCUGCCCAUCGGCGCGGCUGCCACCAUGGCCCACGAGAUCGGCCACAACUUCGGCAUGAGCCACGACAACGAGGGCUGCUGCGUGGAGGCCACGGCCGAGCAGGGCGGCUGCGUGAUGGCCGCUGCCACGGGGCACCCGUUCCCCAAGGUGUUCAGUCACUGCAGCAAGAAGGACCUGGACGGAUACUUCCAGAAGGGAGGGGGCAUGUGCCUCUUCAACAUGCCCAACAUGAAGGACCUGGUCGGGGGAAAGAGGUGCGGCAACGGCUUCGUGGAGGACGGGGAGGAGUGCGACUGUGGCGAGCUGGAGGAAUGCACCAACGACUGCUGCAACGCAAACAACUGCACACUGAAGGAGGGGGCUCAGUGUGCCCACGGGGUCUGCUGCGAGAGCUGCAAAUUGAAGCAGGCGGGGACCAUGUGCCGCGGGCCGGCGGGGUCAUGUGACCUGCCCGAGUACUGCACGGGGGGGUCGCCCUACUGCCCGGCCAACGUGUACCUGCUGGACGGCUCGUCCUGCCAGCAGCGCGCGGCCUACUGCUACAACGGCAUGUGCCUCACGCACCAGCAGCAGUGCCUGCAGCUCUGGGGCUACGAUGCGAGGCCGGCUCAUGACGCCUGCUUCGAGGACGUCAACGCGGCCGGGAACGCCUUCGGGAACUGCGGGAAAGACGGAGUGGGGAACUACAUGAAGUGUGCGAAGAGCGACGCCAAGUGCGGUAAGAUCCAGUGUCACAGCGCGGCCAAGAAGCCCAAGGGCACCAACGCCGUGUCCAUCGACACCACCAUCCGCACGGGCGGCCGCGAGGAGAAGUGCCGGGGCACCUACGUGUACAGCACCCAGGACGGCCAGGGCGACCUGCCCGACCCCGGCCUGGUCAUGACCGGCACCAAGUGUGGGGAGGGCAAGGUGUGCAGGGACCGCAGAUGCCAGAACGCUUCGUUUAGCGAGCUGGAGAUGUGCAUCGCACGCUGUCACGACCACGGGGUGUGCAACAGCAACGGGAACUGCCACUGUAACCGUGGCUGGGCUCCGCCCUUCUGUGACAAGUCAGGACUGGGGGGCAGCGUGGACAGUGGGCCCGUGCAGUACGACAGUGAGGUGGGGCUGGUGGCCGGCCUGCUGUUUGCCUUCCUGGUGCUGCUGCCUGGGGUGCUCACCGCCUUCUACUGCCUCCGGAUCAAGAGCUCCUACUACCACAAGUGGCUUACCCAGCGGGAGAAGAACCACAAGCUCCAGGCGUCUGCUCAGAAAGAGAAGAAUGGACACCUGAACCCUGCCUUUCACCUGAAGGUGGUCGGCCCCGUCAACAGAGCGACCGGCCACAAGGAGCUGCUCCCCCACACCAGUAAGGAGCUGCUGCCCCUGCGGCCCACCCCCCCGGCGGCCCCCGCCGGCGGCGGCACCCCCCAGCCCGUCAACGUGGUGCGGCCCCUGAGGCCCUCUGCGUCCCCGGCGGGGGCCAGCAGGGGGCCCCGGCCGCCGCUGCCGGCUGGGGGGAAGCAUCCUGGGUCGGCCGGGGGCCCCACGGCGCCCCCCAAGUCCCCCCCCGGCCCCCAGCGGCUCACCCCGCCCAGGAAACCCCUGCCGCUCAACCCCACCCGCACGCCGCAGAUUGUGUCGGAGCCGCAGUCCAGACGCUCGCUCCUCCCCCCCCAGAGGCCCCUCCCCCUCAGCCCGGCCAGAGCGCCGGUGGCCUACCUGAGUCCGGCCCGCUCCGGCCCCCCCGCAAGGCCCCCCGCCGGCCUGCUGGUCAUGAUGCCCGCCUCCGCCGCCGCCGCCGGGCCCACACCGGCCGCCGUCAAGGUGACGGCCGUGCCCCCCCUCAAAGUACUCAGACCCGUGCCGGGAGCCAAACCAAACUCAGCCUCAUCUCCCUUUCGAAAAUGACCUCGUCUGUCGAAGCACAGCGACACCACCACCUCCUCCUCCUCCUCCUCCUCCUCCACCUCCUCCUCCUCGGAUGACCCCACUCUGGGGUGAGAAGGCAGCGAACGCACGGCCUAUUUGCACUAACAGAGAGUACAGACACCGCUUGGA